GACAAAAAGCACUGAACCAGUUGUUUUCCGUGUCUCUGUGUUCAUUCUGUGUCUCUGUUUACGUCGAGCGACGAGAGAGAGAGAAAGAUGAAGAUUUUACUGUUGCUGGCAGCACUGUCUGCAGUUUGCCUGGCAGGCGAUUAUGAAGUGGACGAAGGAGUUCUCGUUCUGACGAAGGACACGUUCAGUGCAGCCUUGGAGGAGCACGCGUUCCUCCUGGUCGAGUUCUAUGCUCCGUGGUGCGGGCACUGCAAGCAGCUGGCUCCAGAGUAUGCCAAGGCUGCCCAAACCUGGAGGCCGAUGCUCAGAGAUCAAACUGGCCAGUAGAACGCCACAGAGGAGUCUGAUCUUGCCCAAGAGCACGACGUCCCGCGGUUACCCACUAUCAAGUGUCUUCAAGAACCAGAAGCCUAUGGACUAUGGGGGAGGUAGGACAGCUCCUGAAAUUGUCAACUGGCUCUUGAAGAAGACGGGUCCUCCAGCCAUCGAACUGACAGACGUCGAGGCGGCCAAGAAAUUCUCUGAGAAAGACGAAGUCGUCCUCAUUGCGUUCUUUGAGGACUUGGAGUCGAAAGGAGCUCUGGCGUUCAAGGCAGUGGCUGAGAUCCAGGACAGUCUGGCGUUUGGCAUCACCUCCAGCCAGGAGGUGGCAGAGGCUCUGGGUGCUCCUUGGACAUUGAUGACAGGCAAGGUAGUGUAUGAUGGAGAGUACAUCGCCGAAGACAUCGAGUCCUUCAUCAUCAUGGAACAGCUUCCUCUCGUCACCAUCUUCUCUGAUGAUACGGCUCCGAAGAUCUUUGGAGGUAGCAUCAGGUCCCAUCUCCUGGCCUUCUUCGCCCAAGACGAUGAGAACGCGGAGGCAACUCUCGAGGAGCUCAGGAUGGCCGCCAAACAGUUCAAGGGAAAGAUUCUGUUGUGUCAGAUUGACGACAGCGGAAAGAGCCUCAUGAGGAUCAAUGUGUUUGCGAGUUCUUCAACAUCAAAGACCGAGUCACGCCCACGUUCUCGCCUCAUUAACCUCGAGGAGCGACAUGAAUGCUCCGUGGUGUGGUCACUGCAAGCAGCUGUCUCCAAUCUGGGACGAACUGGCCGAACACUUGCCUCCGAUGAUGACGUUGUCGUUGCCAAGAUGGACGCCACCAAGAACGAGGUGGACGGAGUCCAAGUCACCGGGUUCCCCACACUGAAGGUCUUCAUGAAAGAAACCAACGAGAGCGAGACUGAUGAUGUCGUCGGGGAGGGUAUUGUUUCAGACGAUGCCAAGUAUGCGAGGAAUGCUCAAGUAGGGGGGAUGAAGAUGGACCUGUUUGGCUGA